GUGAGAGGAGUCCUCUCAAGGCAGAAGGACAGUAUUGGUUUUGUUUGUGGUUUCUACUGUAUUGGAACCUGCAGCUCUUACUUGUUCUCAGUCGUCGUAGUUGGAGAUAACACUUCCAGUUUGGUUUGGUCAGCAAAUAGAGACUAUCCAGUUAAAGAGGAUGCGAUCCUGGAACUGACAGGAGAAGGAGGGCUAGUGCUACAAGAUUCAGAUGGCACCAAGGUGUGGUCAACAGAUAUAUCCGGUAACUCCAUACUAGGAAUGAAUAUUACAGAAGCAGGAAAUCUUGUUCUCUUUGACAGUGAAAGAGCCAUGGUCUGGCAGUCAUUCGACCACCCUGUUGACUCAUUGCUAGUUGGGCAGCGAUUAUAUGAAGGUCAAAAACUGAUCGCAAGUUCCUCUUCCACCAAUUGGAGCCUUGGACCAUACUAUGCUACAUUAACAGCUAAGGAUGGCUUUGCUGUUUUUGUCCAAGAUGAUCAGGCCGAAACAUUGAUGUAUUAUCAGUUGGUGCCAGACAAAAAGCUAAGCAACAGUACUGGAUCAAAUUAUGCAGAGCUUCAACAAGAUGGGUUCCUAGUGAACAUGGAAGCGUCUCAAGUAACAUCUGGAAGAACUCCAUAUGAAUUUCUACUUUAUUCUACCAUUGAAUUCAUAAAACUUGAGGGUGAUGGGCAUCUAAGAAGAUAUCAACUAAGUAGCGGAAACGGGUUCAGAACGAUUGUCGAUUUGAUUACAGUAGAUCUGGGUGUGUGCCAGCAUCCUCUCCACUGUGGGGAAUAUGGGGUAUGCAGAGAAGGGCAAUGUAGCUGUCCUGAAGACCAUGAUGGGGUUCGGUACUUCAUUGAAACUCAGUCUCAAUUGCCUGAUCAUGGUUGCUCUAGAAUAACUGCAUUGUCAUGCGGACCUUCACUGGACCAGCAUCAUCUAAUGGAAAUAAAAAAUGCAACCUACUUCAACGUUAUUGAUCUAGAUGCUGCAUCUCCAAAUAUCAAGGAUAUGGAAGAGUGCAAACAAGCCUGUCUGCAGAAGUGUUCUUGUAGUGGGGCCUUUUUCAGGUACGAGAAGAAUACUUCAGAUGGGUAUUGUUUCAUGCCAUCUAAAAUCUUGUCGCUGAGAGAAGAGCAUAUCCCCCACAACAAUUUCUCAUCUGCUACAUUCAUUAAGGUACAGAUUCCCUUUGACGCACCACCAAGAAAUAAAAGAAAUUUAGCAGCAAUAGUAGCUGGAUCUAGUGCAGGUGUCAUUUUCAUUAUUUGUCUUGCAAUUUUUAUAUACUUGGUGAUGCUGCGGAAGAGUAAUUCCAAAGAGGAUGGAGGUUAUAUCGUUCAAGUCCAUGUUCCAGGAAUGCUUGUGAGGCUCCCAUAUGAAGACAUAAGGUUGGCAACAGAAGAUUUCAAGGAGAGACUUGGCCAGGGGGGAUUCGGUUCUGUCUUCAAAGGAAUGCUAGCAGAUGGCACUAGAAUUGCAGUAAAGCGGCUGGACAAAAUGAGCCAAGGGAUGAGAGAGUUCUUAGCAGAAGUUGAGACAAUAGGGAGCAUACACCAUUUUAAUCUUGUAAGGCUGAUUGGAUUUUGUGCUGAAAAAUCAAACAGGCUUUUAGUUUAUGAAUAUAUGAGUAAUGGAUCUCUGGAAAAUUGGAUUUUCUAUGAUGGCCAGAGGCCUUGUCUCGAUUGGCAAACCCGAAAGAAGAUUGUACUUGACAUAGCCAAAGGCCUGGCUUAUCUUCAUGAAGAAUGCCGACAGAGAAUAGUUCAUCUGGACAUAAAGCCGCAGAACAUUCUCUUGGAUGAAAAUUUCAAUGCCAAAGUUUCCGAUUUUGGGUUAUCUAAGCUAAUAGACAGGGAUGAGAACCAAGUCCAUUCAAAAAUGAGAGGAACUCCUGGGUAUCUGGCUCCAGAGUUGAGGGACUCAAAAAUCUCUGUGAAAGCUGACAUUUAUAGCUUUGGUAUAGUCCUCCUCGAAAUAGUUAGUGGAAGGAAAAAUGUUGAUCGCAAUCAUUCAGAAUCCAGUUUUCAUAUGCUUAGAUUGUUGCAGAAGAAGGCAGAGGAGGACCGCCUGAUUGAGAUUGUGGAAAAUCGGAAUCAGGACAUGCAAAAUCACGAAGAAGUGGUGAGGAUGAUAAGGAUUGGGGCUUGGUGUUUGCAGGACGAUCCAACCAGGAGGCCUUCCAUGUCAGUUGUUGUGAAGGUUUUGGAGGGAGUACUGGAGGUGGAACCGAGCAUCACCUUCAAGUUUUUUCAUGCAAUAACUCCUACUUCUGUAGCCAACAACUGUGUUUCUUCUGCAGUUGAAGCAUCAGUUCUUUCUAAUCCAAGAUGAGAGUAUGGCUUCUUGAGGUUUCAUCGAGCUUUUGAAACGGCUAUGCGUCAUUCUUCACUGCUGUCUCUGAUAAAAUCAAAUCGGUGCCCUGUACUGACAAGGGCUUGUUCAAUUCGCUUUCGUAACAUGCUUUAAAUUCAUCCUGAUCACGAGUGUCUUCAUAGUUAAGUUUCUCAUUUGUCUCCAUUACUGGAACUGGUGUUGCUUGAGAUUGACUAUUAAUAAAUCAAGCUUGAAGUUUAAGCCUGAGCUUUGCUAAUUUAGUUGGCAAACAGGCUUGAAUGAAUUCCUUACUUGAAGGGGUCUGUUGUGUUCCCACCAACACAGUUUCCACCCCUCUUCGAAGGAAUCAAGGAAAGCAAUCUAGAAAAUGUGGAUGAGCCCAAGAUGAGCCAUGCCUCCCUUAAACAAAAAAGGAAGCCUAACUAAUCAAGGACAUCGGUUAAUCUUUGGCUGCCCACCCCUUCAUCAGGCUCCUGCUAGUUGAAUAAAUUGGCCAAAGUGGAAGGUAGAAAAUAUGGCCUGAGAAGCUGUGUCCAUGCAAGACAUGACCAUAUAGCCAUCCUCCCGAGGAACAUGAAUGGUAGUCCAUGUUCCACAAUGCCUCUGUGACAGCUUUAACCCUUGUUAGUUCCCCAUCAUCCUAGUUUGGAUUAUCACAAAAGUGUGCCCAAUCCCAUAUAUGGGAGGUAAGGUCAUUAUGAAGUAACUCAUUAGUAAGUCCUGUUGACUUCAUCAUCAAAAAAGGUGCACCAGAGGCAUCUCCGAUCAUGCAAAUGAACUUGGGUGAACUUCUUACCGAGCUCAGGUCAUUUUGCUCGCUAGCAACUUUCCUUUUAAGCAGCCCUAAAUAACAUAUUUGCAAUUUGAGAGUGAAUCAGUGAGACAAGAACACUUGGUUGUAAGAAGUUGGCUGAGUAUUCUGAUUUUAGACAAUCAAUAGACCAUCCUACAGUUAGACCCACAAUUAUCACAAAAGACCCCUUCGCCAUUUCAACCUGGAUCUUCCUGUUGGAUGUCACUAAAAGGCUUUCCAUGAAAGUGAAAGUUAGUUAUGUUUGGGUUUUUCUGUGGAAAUUAAUGGAAAUGUAUUGUGGAGGAAUC